UUGAUAUUAUUUUCAGGAAAGCGCGAUGAAAGAAGGCGCGAAAAAAAGAGAGCAAAGAGGAAUCGCCAGAAGGAACGUAAAGAGAAGAAAAAAGCUUCUAAAGCGAAGAAAACUAAAAGUUCCGGUGCUGAUAAAUUGGACGAAGAAGAAGUUGAAGAAGCAAUCAAGAAAGUCCAAAAAGAUUGGGAUGAAGCGGAAGAAAGCAUAAAACUGGGUGAUCGGAAACGUCGUUACCACGCACAUUACGACGUGAAUGCGCCAACAGAAGCAGAGAUGGAAGCGUACAAGCGGACGCGGAUUCAUGCCAGUGACCCAAUGGCCGCAUAUAUGAAUGAAAAACGCCGAAAAAAACCUUCAGAAAAAGAUUGA